AUGUCUCAGGAGAUGACUCGUGCUGAGUCUAUUGAGGAACAGGAGCGUGCAAGGGAGAGCGACAAGAAGCCAAAGUCCCGCCGACCAGCUAAUACUGCUUUCCGCCAACAAAGAUUAAAAGCAUGGCAACCAAUCUUAACCCCUAAAAGCGUUCUACCUUUGUUUUUCAUCGUGGGCGUUAUUUUUGCGCCAAUUGGUGGUGUUCUCCUCUGGGCAAGUUCUCUAGUCCAAGAAAUUUCCAUCGAUUACUCCAACUGCGCCGCACAAGCACCGACUAGCGGCCAGCUCCCUGUUCCCCAUUAUUCGGCGACCUUCAAAUCUUCCAAAUCAAUAUCCCCACCCACCUGGAGAAGGUCCGUCAAUGAGUCUGACUCGGACGCCAUUACUUGCACUCUCUUUUUUGAAGUUCCAAACGAGCUUCCAGCACCGGUUUUCAUGUACUAUCGCCUCACCAACUUCUAUCAAAACCACCGCAGAUAUGUUCAGUCGCUUGAUUUGAAUCAACUGAAAGGGGAUGCUGUUCCAUACGGUACAGUCAAGGGUGGUGCGUGUGACCCAUUAGCGGUCAACAGUACAGCUCAGAAGGUAUACUAUCCAUGUGGACUGAUUGCAAACUCAUUCUUCAACGACACCAUUGGGAAGCCCCAAAUCCGAGAUCCGAAUUCAUCCGAAAAGCAAUUUUACGAAAUGACCGAUAAAGGUAUUGCUUGGGACAGUGACAAAGAACUCAUUAAACAGACGAAGUACAAUAUGGGUGACGUCCUGCCACCGCCAAACUGGCUCUGGGCGAAAGAUGAGAACGGCGCCUAUAAAGAGGAUCCCAACUUACAUGAAAACGAAGCUUUCAUGGUUUGGAUGAGAACGGCUGGUUUGCCAUCGUUCAGCAAGCUUUCUCGCCGUAAUGAUACACAUGGCAUGCCUGCUGCAACGUAUAGCAUUGACAUUGUUGAUCGUUUCAAUGUCACCAAAUACGAUGGAACCAAGUCGAUCUUGAUAUCUACUCGAACAGUUCUUGGAGGGAAGAAUCCCUUCAUGGGAAUUGCCUAUGUGGUUGUUGGUGGAAUCUGUGUCGUUCUUGGGGCUCUGUUUACUGUUGCGCACUUGGUGCGUCCGAGAGGCGCCUGUGCCACUGAAGACCCUAGUGCAGGUUUCUUGCAUGAACUAGGUCGACUCAAGUCAGAUGAAGCCAAAUAUGCUAGCUCGCAGGCUAGACAGGCCCCGAUCGAGAUCGAGACCUGGUUCCAUAUUAUUAGUAGCAAGUCCGAGUCUACCCAGGUCACCGAUGAUAUGAUCAAUUCUCAACUUUCUAUUCUACAACAAUCUUAUGCAGAUUCUGGCAUCUCUUAUCGAUUACAAGGCGUGACUCGCCAUACCAAUGAUAAGUGGGCGAGUAAUGCGGAUGAUGUGGCAAUGAAAACGGCCCUUCGGAAAGGAAGCUAUCGAACAUUGAACGUUUAUUUCCAAACCAAUCUGCAGACCUCUCCUGGGCAAGCAGGACGCGCUCUCGGACACAGAGGUGCAGUCACCAACAAUGACCUGGCAUCGAGCGUUCUUGGAUUCUGCACUUUGCCUGAUCCGACUGUCAAUGCUAGUAGCCCAGCUUCUCACUAUGUCAAGGAUGGCUGCAAUGUUUUGGCCAAAACAAUGCCUGGUGGUUCCUUGGAUCUCUACAAUCGCGGUGGAACUGCCAUCCACGAGAUUGGACACUGGAAUGGCCUUUUACACACAUUCCAAGGAGAAUCUUGCUCGGCAGAUAAUCCUGGUGACUACAUAAAUGACACGCCACAGCAGUCCACCCCGACAGAUGGGUGUCCUGCCCGAAAGGAUUCGUGUCCGGACUCCCCUGGACAGGAUGCGGUUCAUGACUUCAUGGAUUAUUCCUCUGAUGUAUGUUACGAGAGUUUCACGCCUGGACAAGGAGAGCGCAUGCGGAGCAUGUGGAUAUCCAUGCGCGAAGGGAAAUAG